UUUUGCAGAGGAUAUGUCUCGAGCAGCCGUUCUUACCGCUAGGUCGGUCUUAGCACGGUCAAAUAUUAACUUUGCUCAAACCAAGGUCAAUCAGGUUCACCAGCUUAAUACAAUUGUAAACAGUCGGAGCAUGGUGAGUUCAGGGGUAUUAGCUCCAAAGGAGAGAGUAACUGCAACCCUAAUCCCCGGAGACGGAGUUGGGCCAGAGAUGGUUUCAGCAGUCGAGGAGGUCUUCAAGGCUGCCGGAGUUCCAAUGGAUUUCGAAGUUUUUUUCCUGAGCGAGGUUCAUGCAUCUCUCUCCGUCCCUGUAGAAACCGUAGUUGAAUCCAUUACUAGGAACGGGCUGUGUCUCAAGGGUGUGCUACAGACUCCGAUGUACGCAACUGCAGGGGAUGAGGAUACACUGAACAUGAAGAUGAGGAAAGGGUUGGAUCUAUAUGCAAGCGUGGUAAAGGUGACUAGUAUCCCCGGGGUGAAAUGUAAACACAACAACGUAGAUCUUGUUAUCAUCCGUGAGCAGACAGAGGGAGAGUAUUCAUGUCUGGAGCAUGAAUCCGUACCAGGGGUUGUAGAAUGUCUCAAGGUGGUUACUGCAUCUAAAUCAUACAGAAUUGCUAAGUUUGCGUUCGAUUACGCGACUAAAUUCAACCGGAAGAAGGUGACUGUAGUCCACAAGGCGAACAUCAUGAAGCUGGGGGACGGUUUGUUCUUGCGUUGUUGUGAGGAGAUAUCCCGUCUCUAUCCUAAUAUUGAAUUCGAGCGUAUGAUCGUUGAUAAUGCCUGCAUGCAGAUGGUUUCUAAACCUCAGCAGUUUGAUGUUCUAGUAAUGCCGAAUCUUUAUGGAAAUAUUAUCUCCAACGUAGCAACAGGUCUGGUUGGAGGAGCAGGACUGGUUGCUGGAGAAGGAUACAGCACUGAAUGUGUUGUUUUUGAACCCGGAGCACGUCACUCAUUCGGAGAAGCUGUUGGAAAGAACGUGGCGAACCCGACCGCUAUGUUGUUCUGUGCCGCGAACCUGUUGGAUCAUGCCAGCCUCAACUUUUACGGGAAAUUGAUCAGAGAAAGCGUGUACAGGGUUCUGAAGGCCGGGAAGGUGAAGACCCAGGAUCUAGGAGGAUAUGCUACAACAAAACAGUUCACAACUGCUGUUAUUCAGAAUCUAAAUAUUAAAUAAUCUACCUCAGCUCUUGGUAUAGAUAUAGUUGGAAACCAAUUCUAGAUGCACCUUAUACCAUUUCAUGCACGCAAUACGCAACAAGGACGGAUUUAAACAAGCUCCUCCGCCGCUACAUUUGCAUUAUUGUAAUAUCGUUAAAUAUUUAGAACACUUAGAGGUCCUGGCACAUUAUUCAAACUUUGACACAUAUCAAUUCUUUGAUACACACAAACAUACUUCACUUUGUUAUUGUUAAAUGUUAAACAUUCCUCAUGAAUUGCAUUUAAAUCUCAUAGUUUUCAAUUUUAGUUCUCAAAUGAUCUAUUGUACAACUGGAGAAUAAGAAUUCUGAUUUUACCUAUAAUAAAAGUUCUUCUCCUGAAUCCAACUUAAAGUAUGUAAAUAAAAAAAUUUGUUGAAAUCCUGGUUUCAUUAAACAAUCGACUGUUUUACUCUGCAAUAUUGAAACCUUAAAUAAAUUGUGAAGCAAACUUAAAGAGCCUGGAAAGUCUGAACUAUAAUAUCCUCCUGUUUGUUUUCCCCAUUUUGUUAUUUUCUCCUAGUCAAUCACAUCAUAGAUCAAUUAUUUCAGA